AUGGCCUCUUCAUCUAAACCCUUUGAAUCUUCUUCGGGAUUCUCUCUUCUCCGACAUUUGACUAAGGAAUAUCCCGAGGCCAAAGGUGGAGAAGGCAAUUUCAUACAAGGAGAGAAAGACAAGAAGGUGCUUGACGCUUGUGGAGGUGCAGCUGUGACUUGUUUAGGUCAUAACAACAAAAGAAUGAAUCAUGCUAUGGCAAAUUAUUUUCUCCAAAACAAUUUGACAUAUACAUCAACAGCUUUUUGGCGUGAUCCUACGGUUGAAGAGUUGUGCGAUAAGAUAAUUCAAGGAACGAAUUAUCAAAUGUUCAAAGUGUAUUUGGCUGGAUCAGGUUCUGAGGUGGUUGAAGCUGCCAUCAAACUGUCUCGGCAGUAUUAUUAUGAUCAAGAUCAUAAUACUACUCGAAAGUACUUCAUCGCUCGAGAGCGCUCAUACCAUGGAAACACCCUAGGAACCUUGAGUCUUUCAGAUUAUAAGGCUCGUAAAGACCCCUAUGAACCUCUCCUCAUACAGAAUGUUGAGCGCGUUUCUGCUUGCUAUCCAUACCGUCAGCAAGAGAAAGAUCAAUCGGAUGAGGAAUUCAUUUCCAUAAAAGUCGCAGAACUAGAGGCUAAGUUUCAAAAACUAGGUUCUGGUAAUGUUAUUGCCUUCAUUGCUGAACCAGUAGUGGGGGCCGCUCUUGGAUGUGUUGCUUCUCCUACUGGCUAUUUGAAAGCCAUGAGAGAUGUUUGCCAUAAACAUGGUGCUCUCUUCAUUCUUGAUGAGGUGAUGUGUGGAAUAGGACGGACAGGUGUUCUCCAUGCAUGGCAGGCAGAGAACGUUGUGCCAGACAUUCAAUUGGUAGGUAAAGGGCUUGGUGCCGGUUAUCAACCAGUCUCUGCAAUGAUAGUAUCCAAAAGGGUUCAUGAUGUCCUUUUGGAUACAAGUAAAGAGUUUGCACAUGGGUAUACCCAUCAGGGCAUGCCUAUACAAGCUGUUGCAGCUUUGGAGGUUCUUCGUAUUAUCGAAGAAGAACGUUUGCUGGAUAACGUCACGCCCAUGUGGGAGACAUACGGGGACGAGGUCUUUUUUGGGGUUUAG